AUGCGGAAAGUAGUUAAUUUCUGGGAGCCCAAAGAUGUGAGUAAGAAAGACUUGGAUAAAGAUAUGGCAGCCAACUCUGUGGUUGUGGAGGACAUCACGAAGGAUAAGCAGGAGCAAAGGCCUGAAAUAGUCGAACAGAUUCCCUCUUCAGAAAGCAACUUAGAAAAGGUAACAGGGCCUACCGAGGCCCAGGCUAGUGAUGUUGGAGAGCCCAACAUAGAUACCGGAGAGGCAGCAGCCAAAGAAACUGAAUGAAAACAAUCCAUCGAAGUGAAAGACACCUUUAAGCACCAGCAGAGCAACACAGAAAUUCCUCUCACACCUGAGUCUGGUCAAAUGAUAGCAGAAGGGAAAGAUGAAGGAGAAGCAACAAGAGAAAAAGAACCCACCAAAUCUCCAGAAUCUCCCACCAGCCCAGUCACAAGCGAGACUACAUCAACCUUCAAGGAAUUCUUCACCCAAGAUUGGGCCGGUUGGCGCAAAAAGACCAGUUUCAGGAAGCCAAAGAAGGAUGAACUGGAAGCCUCUGAGAAGAAAAAGGAGCAAGAGCCAGCAAAGGCAGACACAGAGGAAAAUGAGAAGGCAGAAGAUACCCCUGAGCAGCUCACAGCUUCUGAGCAGCCCCAGAAGCCCGUGGAAGGCGGGGAUGAGGCCAGAUUAUCAGCUGACUACGAGAAGGUGGAGUUGCCUUUGGAAGAUCAAGUCAGUGGUGUGCAGGGCUCUUCUGCAGAGAAAUGUGCUCCGUUGGCCACGGAAGUAUUUGAUGAAAAAGUAGAAGCCCACCAAGAAGUUGUUGCCGAAGUCCACAUCAGCAGUAUGGAGAAGAAAACAGAGGAGCAAGAAGCAGGUGUGGGAGAAACAGUAGAAUCCUUGCCACCUGAAAAACUGCUGGAAGCAAGUGCUCAGGAAAUUCAGGAAGCUGAACUCGCUGAGGAGCUGGAAAAGACCCCAAAAGCCUGUGACUCUGGAGACCACGCCCGGCCAACAGAGCUGAGUCCUGAUGGAAAGGUGUUGCCCAAACAGCCCGAGAGCAUCGUGAGUGAGGUGGCCGUGCUGUCAUCACAAGAGAGAACCAAGGUGCAGGGAAGCCCUCUGAAAAAACUGUUCUCCAGCACCGGCUUAAAGAAGCUUUCUGGAAAGAAACAGGAGGGGAGACGAGGAGGAGGAGGAGGAGGAGAUGAGGACUCAGGGGAAAAUAACCAAGGGGCAGCGGAGUCUCCGGAUAGUGCUGAUGAGAAGGGCGAGAGCUCCGCUUCCUCCCCUGAAGAACCCGAGGAGAUCACGUGUCUGGAGAAGGGGAUCACUGAGGCCACCACGAAGGAAGGCGAGGCUGAAGAAGGAGCUACUUCCGAUGGAGAGAAAAAGGGAGAAGGUGUUACUCCCUGGGCAUCUUUCAAGAAGAUAGUGACGCCCAAGAAGCGUGUUCGCAGGCCUUCUGAAAGCGAUAAGGAGGACGAGUUGGACAAGCCGGACAGGGUCAAGAGCGCCACCUUGUCUUCCACAGAGAGCGCAGCCUCCGAAAUGCAAGAAGAAAUCAAAGGUGCUGGGGAAGAGCAAAAGCCCCAAGAGCCAAAGCGCAAGGUGGACACUUUGGUGUCUUGGGAGGUGUUGAUUUGUGUGGGGUCAUCCAAGAAAAGAGCAAGGAAAGCCUCCUCUUCUGAUGAGGAGGGAGGACCAAAAACGAUGGGAGGAGACGGCCGCAAAGCAGAGGAGGCUGCCAAAGACAAAGAAACCGGAAACGACUCUGUCCUUGCUGGCACCCAGGAACCUGACCAAGGGCAGGGAAGCUCCUCCCCUGAGCCAGCCGGCAGCCCCUCCGAAGGGGAGGGCGUUUCCACCUGGGAGUCAUUUAAAAGAUUGGUGACCCCAAGAAAAAAAUCCAAGUCAAAACAGAAAGAGAAAAACGAAGAGUCCAGUGGUGUAGAGCAUUCAGCUUCAGAUGCUGAACCUGGGAAAGAAGAAUCUUGGGUUUCAAUUAAGAAAUUUAUCCCUGGACGGAGGAAGAAAAGGUCAGAUGGGAAACAAGAACAACCCACUGCUGGAGACACAGGGCCCGCAGAAAUCAAUGAAGAGGAUUCUGAUGUCCCAGCCGUAGUGCCUCUGUCCGAGUAUGAUGCCGUGGAAAGGGAGAAGAUGGAAGCUCAGCAAGCCCCACAAAGCGAAGCCACCCCUGAGCAACAGGUGGGUGUGGAUGUGUCCGAGGAACUCGGCAAGAAUCUGGUUCAUUGUGCAGCAGUGGCUGUCAUCAAUGGGACAAGGGCAGUUACCAGUGUGGAAGAGCGGUCUCCUUCUUGGAUAUCUGCCUCUGUGACAGAGCCUCUUGAACAAGCACAAGGUGAAGCCACACCAUCAACUGAGGAAGGGACUGAAAGAGAAGUCAUUGCAGAAGAAUUCCCCACAGCCACCCGCACUCUCCCCGAGAGCAGAGAUGCCCCUGAUGACACGAUCACUAGUGAAGUGGCAUUAACUUCUGAGGCAGUGACAGCUGCAGAGACCACGGAGGUGCUCUGUGCUGAAGAAGCCACGGAAGCAUCAGCCGCAGAAGAGGCCACAGAGAUGGUGUCCGCAAUUUCCCAGCUAACCGAGUCCCCAGACACCACGGAGGAAGCCACCCCAGUCCAGGAGGUGGAAAGCGGAGGGCCAGAUGCAGAAGAGCAGGAGCGGCAGACUCAGGCUGUCUUACAGGCAGUUGCAGAAAAAGUAAAAGAGAAGUCACAGGUGCCAGACAGCAGUGGGGCCGAAGGUGUGACUCUGAUCAUACAGAAAGCAGAGCCAAAAGCCCUUCAGAAGGUGGAGGAAGCAGAAGAAGACUCCGAUGAACCAGAUCUGAAGGAAGAGAUGGAUGUAGUGUGGAGAGUAAACAUACAAGAAACUAAAACCGAACAUUUUACGAGUGGGGAGGUUAUAGCACAGGCUGCCCCUGAAGGCUUUGAGAAAGUUCCUCAAAUCACAGCGAGGGUAGAGUCCAGGGAGCUGGUAACCACGUGCCAAUCUGAGCCCUUAGCUGGGGUGCAGCCCCCAGAGCAGUCUGUUCUCCCUGACUCAGCAGAUACCCCGACAGACAGCGAGACCAACGGAAGCACCCCCGUGGCAGAUACUGACGAGCUAGGUACAAUACAGCAAAAUGAGGUCACAGAAGGGCAAGGAGACGGUGCAGGUGCAUCUGACAUUCAGCCACAGGUCACAGAAGUAGAGGCAGCUCCUGCCCAGAAAGAGGGGCCUUCAGCACCGCCAAGUUUUCAAUCCCAGGAAGACUAUACAGAACAAUUAAAACUGGAAGACAGUCUAGAACAUAAGGAUCAAGAGCCAUCAGUGGAAGGCGUACCCAUAGUGUCCAAGACUGAGGUGAUUUGAGAGGCCUGCCUGCUUGCUGAUGGGGAAGCCAAAGACAGACCGUGUGUUGAAGUUGUCACAUCUGCACACGUGGCCAGUCAGCAAAAGGCCACUGAUGUUCCUCUUCCAGGUGAAUUGACUGAAGGGGCAGACUGUCAAAAGGAUGGUGGUAACACAGAACUCCAGAGUCCAGGCCGAGAAGAGGGAGAGAGGGUAGCUCAAGUAGAAAAGGAGAACACUGAUGCAAAGGCAGUACAAGACAGUGAAGAAAAAGUUGAGCAAAAAUCAGCCGGUCCCAGAGCCGAAGAGCCCAACCAGCAACUAGUCCAGAUGGCUGACGUAAACGUCACAGACAGGGAAAAGGAGGUAAGCAGUUUAGAUGGAAGCUCUCCUCCUUCAGAUCCAGAGGAGGAAGCAGGAUGUGUGGAGACUCAAGGUCAGAGCACUGAGGCACUAGUGACUGUUGUACCUACGGCAGCGGAGGAGGAGGUGUUAGGAGAAACCGGCAGGAUUUCAGAAACAAGUGACGCCGUGGAGCCUGCACAUUUAGAACCAGCAGAGAGAUCUCCAGGGAAGGUCGGGGACUGGACUCUUCAGCUGGGAGACGAUGCUGUCCCUGUGGGGACUGAGCCUCAGAUGGAAUCAGAGCUAGUCAUAGUGUCUGCCACUCCUGAGAAAGACCUGCACUCGGACCUGCAGGGAGAGAACCGUGCAUCCCAGAAGCAGAAGGCAGAUGAAGAUGACAGGCAAGUUGGCUGUCUGGAAGGUACAGUGAGCCUGGCAGUAGAGGGCGGUCCCAAGGCUGAAAAUCAGAUCUUGGAACUUGAGACUGAGAGCAGUAAGCUUGUGCAAAACAUAAUCCAGACAGCUGUGGACCAGUUUUCCCGGCCAGAGGAAACAGCAUCUGACAUAGAGAAAGAGGCUCCCCAGGUGCCACCCGACAGCCAGGGAGCUGGACGGAAACCUGUGGAAGAAGCCAGUGGACAACAGGUGUCUGUGCAGGAUGAAACACAAACUGUCGCCACCCGGGAUGAGUCCGAGCUCGCUGCUGUGGCUCCCGAGCUCGCUGCUGUGGCUCCCGAGCUUUCCAAAGAUGUGAACGGAGCUUCAGAAGAGACCCCGACAGUUGAGGUUGGAGGCUCCGGUGUGAAUGAGCAGCAGUCUAAAGAGGUGGUUGCCCCAGCCCAGGCAGAGAGCGAUGAAAUGGGCACAAAGCCUGCAGCAACUGAUGAUGGCUGUGGAGAGACAGGAGGAAGAAUGGACAAGUCACCUCUUGAAUCCAGAGAAGACAAGAAAGAGGAUGCUGCCGAGGACCCAACCCUGGCAGAUCCUGCCGCCCCAGGAGGCUUAACCAAAGAGUCCCCAGACACCAACGGACCAAAACUAACAGCAGGAGCUAAGGGAGGAAGGGCAUACAGUGAGUCGGAGAAGGACAUCAAACCGCAAACAGAAGAGGAGCAGCGGAAAGGAGGGAGAGAGCCGGCAGAAUCCUAAGGCACUUUUUAAUGUCAUUGUAUAUUUGCAAGACCAGAAUGUGAAGACAAGCCACGGAAGAAAAUGCUGCUGCUGAGACUUAAACCAAUAUUUCAGAACUUGAGAACUAGA